CAUUCAAAUGUUAUAAAGACAUGCAGGGGUGCACACCUUAAUAUAAAGCCACUAUUAGAGAGUGCUCAUGCACAUCAGCUUCCUGUUCACUGGGUCACAUCACAUCUGAGGAUGGCUUCCCUCCGUGUGUUCGUCUGUCUUCUGGGACUGGUGGUCCUGUGCCACUGUGACUGCUUCUUCCAGGAUUUAGAGAUCAAAGAUUUGAACGACCCUCCAAAAGGAUGUGUGGAUAAGGACGGGAAGCAGCAUGACUUUGACUCUGAGUGGGUGAGAGACUGCAUGGAGUGCUCCUGUUCGAAGGAAGGAUUGAGCUGCUGCACCACGCUCCCCGAUGCAGACGAGGUAGACAUCCCUGAGGAGUGUGAGAUGGUUGUGAAUAAACAGGCCUGCUCUGCCAAGGUCGUGCUGAAGACGGACAAGACAAAAGAGUGUAGUCCCAACUGAACACUCCACAAAGCGACUUCCAGACUGGAAAAAUUAUUUCACAUUUUAUCCACUAGUUUAUGGGGCGUACAUGCCACAAAUUUCAAAGAAACAACAAAUCAACCUUCUCUUGGUCUUACUUGUUUUAAAUUUCGGUGGAAAUAAAGUUGAAACCUGCUACUCCUACUCUA